AUGUCGGAGAAAUUCUCGGCGGCGCUUAGAAUUGGGGACUUGAAUGAUUAUAUAGCACCGUCUCAGGGUUGUGUUAUUAAAACGGAGGGUGCUGGGAAAGUUAAAACGACUCCUAAAGAAGUGCAAAAUGAACCUGUGAUUAUCUCGCUCAAAGACUGCUUAGCAUGCAGUGGGUGUAUAACAUCAGCUGAGACUGUCAUGCUUGAGAAGCAAAGCUUAGACGAGUUUCUUUCUAACCUUAAAAAUGGAAAAGCAACUGUUGUCUCCCUUUCUCCCCAGUCUAGAGCAUCUAUUGCUGCUCAUUUUGGUCUUUCUUCCCUCCAGGUCUUGACAAAGCUCACAACGUUCUUUAAGUCCUUAGGAGUGAAAGCCGUAUUUGAUACCAGCAGCAGUCGAGAUUUAGCACUUAUUGAAUCCUGCAAUGAAUUUAUAACACGUUAUAAACAAAGCAAUUCUACUAAUGACGAGAAAUCCAAAUCGUCUCUUCCCAUGAUUUCUUCAGCAUGUCCAGGUUGGAUAUGCUAUGCAGAAAAAACACUUGGAUCCUACAUACUUCCAUAUAUUUCUUCAGUGAAAAGCCCCCAGCAAAUAAUUGGAGCUGCCAUUAAGAAACACAUAUGCCAAAAACUAUGUCUGAGAGCAGAAGAGAUAUAUCAUGUGACUGUGAUGCCUUGUUAUGACAAAAAGCUUGAGGCUGCUCGGGAUGACUUUGUGUUCCAAGUAGAUUCUGAAGGCGAAAGAAUUACAGAGGUGGAUUCUGUGUUGACAACUGGAGAGGUUUUAGAUUUGAUUCAGUCUAAAUCUGUUGAUUUUACAACCUUGGACCAAUCUCCGGUGGAUAAAUUAUUGUCAAAUGUAGACGAAGAGGGCCGCAUUUACGGUGUUCGUGGGAGCUCUGGAGGGUAUGCAGACACUGUAUUCCGUCAUGCUGCAAAAAUGCUUUUUGGGAAAGAAUUUGAAGGUCCUCUUCAGUUUAAGACUAUAAGGAACUCAGAUUUUCAGGAAGUUACACUUGAAAUCGAGGGUAAAACUGUCUUGAAAUUUGCACAAUGUUAUGGAUUCAGAAACCUGAGAAACAUUGUUACAAAAAUUAAAACUGGAAAGUGCGACUAUCAUUUCUUGGAGAUUAUGGCAUGUCCUUCAGGAUGUUUGAAUGGUGGAGGUCAAAUCAAGCCUAAGCCUGGGCAGUCUGCAAAAGAUUUGAUUCAGUUAUUGGAAAGCACAUAUGCAGAAAAUGUACUGGUAGCCGAUCCUUAUGAAAAUCCCCUUAUCAAAAGCCUAUAUAACGAGUGGCUUGAGCACCCUGGUUCAGAGAAAGCAAAGAGACAUUUGCACACGGAAUACCACCCUGUUGUAAAAAGCAUUUCUUCACAGCUGCAGAACUGGUGA